GUGCUGAUCUGCUGCCAACUCUGAGACAAACGCUGCACAGACUGUCAGUGUACUGAACAACACCUGGCCACUAGGAAAUACAAGAGUUGCUGAAGUACAUGCACAUACAGAAUUUCACCUCAGAGAUGACCCAGUUGAGACUGGUGACACUGGCAGCACUGCUCUGCUCUCUUCCCAGUGCUGAUGGAGGGAAAGUCCUCGUCUUCCCUGUGGAUGGAAGCCACUGGGUCAACAUGAAGGUCCUCAUCCAAGAGCUCCACUCCAGAGGUCACAACAUCACAGUAAUCCGGUCCACAACCAGCUGGUACAUCGCAGCAGAGUCUCAUUACUACCAGUCAGUCACCCUCGAUAUCAGUAUUGGAUUUGACGAGAAAAACAUGACUCAGUUAGCAACAAAAAUGGUGCAGCUCCGGCGUGACUUCCAUAAUUCAACUGCAGCUUUUUUUAAAGCUGGAGAGGAGUUUUUGACAGUGAUGCAUCAUACUCACAAAUCUGUGGUUGAUAAAAUGCAAGAGAUAUUUGAGGAUGCUGAAGUGAUGCAGUUCUUCCAAGAGGCCAAGUACGAUGUUGUUCUGACUGACCCCUGCUUCGGUGGAGGGGUUCUUCUGGCUCAUCGGUUGGGUCUGCCUCUGGUCUUCAAUGUACGAUGGACGAUUAUUGCUGACGGACAUUACACAGUUGCCCCCUCACCGCUCUCAUAUGUUCCCAUACCAGGUGCUGAAGUGACUGAUAAGAUGACUUUUUGGCAAAAGUUGAAAAAUAUUUUGUAUGCCUUAAUAGUGCUUAAUAACCAGCUGAUAAUCCAAGAGCCUCUCUACACAACGUUUGUCCACCGUCACUUUGGUUCUGACGUCCAGUAUAAUGAUCUUGUUCAGGCAGCAGAUAUUUGGUUGAUGAGAACUGAUUUUACCUUUGAGUUCCCUCGUCCCACCAUGCCCAAUGUUGUCUACAUGGGCGGGUUUCAGUGCAAACGCUCUAAACCACUUCCUCAACAUCUGGAGGACUUUGUCCAGAGCUCUGCAGAGCAUGGAGUCAUUAUUAUGAGCUUGGGGACCUUAGUGGGGACUCUUCCUGAGGAUAUAGCAGAACAUGUGGCUGCUGCUUUUGCUCAGUUACCUCAGAAGGUCAUCUGGAGACAUACUGGGAAGAGACCGUCCACCCUGGGCAACAACACCUUGCUGCUGGACUGGCUGCCCCAAAAUGACCUCUUAGGACACCCAAAGACCAGAGUGUUUGUGGCCCACGGAGGCACCAAUGGACUUCAAGAGGCCAUCUACCAUGGAGUUCCCAUCGUCGGCCUUCCUCUGAUGUUUGACCAGGAUGAUAACCUGUUCAGGAUGACAGUGAGGGGCGUUGCCAAAGUGCUGGACAUUGGCACGCUGAACACAGACAACUUCCUGGAGGCGGUGAAGGCGGUGCUUUAUGAGCCGUCCUACAGGGAGAAGAUGCAGGAGCUCUCCAGGCUGCACAGAGACCAGCCCAUGAAGCCUCUGGACUGAGCCAUGUUCUGGAUCCAGUUUGUCAUUAGACACAAGGGAGCUGCUCACUUAAAGACCCACUCCUACAAGAUGUCCUGGAUUCAGUACCACUCCAUUGAUGUGAUCGCACUGUUGCUAGUGUCGGUCAUGAUGAUGUCUCUGCUUUGUAUUUUAACAGUGAAAUGUUUGUGUAGUAAAGUGUUUGGUGGGAGGAAAGAAAAACUGGACUAACACAGAGA